CCCCUCCGGCUGCCCGCGGGCGUCCUGGGGGCGUGAGGGUGCCGCCGCUGCUGGGGGUCGGUGGAGCCCCGCGGGCCACACAGCUGCGACAGGAGCGACGCGGGGGUUGUGGAGGGGAAGUGGGGUGUCCUCAGAUGCCCGCCUGGCCGUGCGAGGGACUGAAUUGCAACUGCAGAAGCAACAACAAGUGAACCUUUAAAGAUGCAUAGGGGCUGCAUAAAGUGAAGAGAGAAACUGGAGAAGCCAAUAAAGUCAGAAAAAAUUAUGUUUCCCAGGUUUAAUAGGGAAAACUUGCUUUCUGCAAACAACUAAAAAAGCUACCCUUGGAAAUCGUUUCUUUGGUCCUCAUGGAGCAGCUGGGACUUGUACUGUGAGGCCCUUAACGGGACAAGCUCUCACCCACUGAUCACCCAGAGUGAUUAUCACCAUGGCCAGCAAGAGGAAAUCCACCACCCCGUGCAUGAUCCCCGUGAAGACUGUGGUGCUGCAGGAUGCCAGUGCAGAGCCCCAACCCUCUGAGGCUUUGCCCGAAGGACCCCAGCAAGAUCUGCCCCCAGAAGCACCUGCUACCAGCACUGAGGCAGCCCAGAACUCCAGCAGUACCGAUGGCACUGCACUGGCCAAUGGGCAUCGGAGCACUUUGGAUGGCUAUUCAUAUUCCUGUAAAUACUGUGAUUUCAGAUCCCAGGACAUAACCCAGUUUGUGGGACAUAUGAACUCAGAGCACACAGACUUUAAUAAAGACCCAACUUUUGUAUGCACUGAAUGCAGUUUUCUGGCAAAAACUCCUGAGGGGCUUUCUUUGCACAAUGCCAAGUGUCACUCAGGGGAAGCCAGCUUUGUGUGGAAUGUGGCCAAGCUGGACAAUCAUGUAGUCGUGGAGCAGAGCGUCCCCGAGAGCACCAGCACUCCUGACCCAUUGGGUGAGCCCAAUGCUGAAGGGACUGAUGGACAGGCUGAAAUCAUCAUUACCAAAACUCCAAUCAUGAAGAUAAUGAAAGGCAAAGCUGAAGCCAAAAAAAUCCAUACACUCAAGGAGAAUGUCCCCAGCCAGCCUGUCGGUGAGGCCUUACCAAACUUGCCGGCUGGGGAAACAGAGGUGAAAGAGGGGGACCACUCCUUUGUCAAUGGGGCGGUCCCAGUCAGCCAGGCAUCUACCAACUCCGCAAAAGCCCCCCAUGCAGCCAAUGGGCCCCUGAUGGGAACGGUGCCAGUUUUGCCAGCUGGUAUAGCACAGUUCCUCUCCCUCCAGCAGCAGCCCUCAAUGCAUGCCCAGCACCAUGCCCACCAGCCACUGCCCACAUCCAAGUCCCUUCCCAAAGUGAUGAUCCCCCUGAGCAGCAUUCCGACGUACAAUGCAGCCAUGGACUCCAACAGCUUUCUGAAGAACUCUUUUCACAAGUUCCCCUACCCAACCAAAGCCGAGCUCUGCUAUUUGACUGUGGUCACCAAGUAUCCAGAAGAACAGCUCAAGAUCUGGUUCACAGCACAAAGGCUGAAACAAGGUAUCAGCUGGUCCCCUGAGGAGAUCGAGGACGCCAGGAAAAAGAUGUUCAAUACAGUCAUUCAGUCCGUACCUCAGCCCACAAUCACUGUUCUGAAUACUCCCCUGGUUGCCAAUGCUGGCAAUGUCCAACAUCUCAUCCAGGCUGCUCUACCAGGUCAUGUUGUGGGACAGCCAGAAGGCACAGCAGGGGGGCUUCUGGUCACUCAGCCACUGAUGGCCAAUGGGUUGCAGGCACCAAGCUCAUCUCUCCCGGCAGUAGUUACAUCCGUCCCCAAGCAGCCAACUGUUGCGCCCAUUAACACUGUGUGUUCAAAUACAACAUCGGCUGUGAAGGUGGUCAAUGCAGCCCAGUCGCUCCUCACAGCGUGCCCCAGCAUAACUUCCCAAGCCUUCCUCGAUGCUAGCAUCUACAAAAAUAAGAAAUCUCAUGAACAGCUGUCAGCUCUGAAAGGUAGCUUCUGCCGGAACCAGUUCCCAGGACAGAGUGAAGUUGAGCAUCUGACCAAAGUGACUGGCCUCAGUACCAGGGAGGUGCGGAAGUGGUUCAGUGAUCGGAGAUACCACUGCCGGAACCUGAAGGGCUCCAGAGCCAUGAUGCCUGGAGAUCACAGCUCCAUCAUCAUCGACUCCGUGCCAGAGGGGCCCUUCUCCCCAUCGUCCAAGGCCCCUGAGGUGACCUGCAUCCCGACAGCGGCCACCCUGGCCACCCACCCUUCUGCCAAACGACAGUCCUGGCACCAGACCCCUGACUUCACACCAACCAAAUACAAGGAGCGAGCCCCCGAGCAACUCAGGGCUCUGGAGAGCAGUUUUGCACAAAACCCACUUCCUCUUGAUGAGGAACUGGACCGCCUGAGGACUGAAACCAAAAUGACCCGAAGAGAGAUUGAUAGCUGGUUUUCAGAGCGACGGAAAAAAGUGAAUGCUGAGGAGACCAAGAGGGCCGAUGAGAGUGCCUCUCAGGGAGAGGAGGAGGCUGCUGAAGGUGAGGGGGGAGAAGAGGAUUUGCCCAGUCACCUGAGGGUCCCUGCUGAAAAUGGCUCCCCAGAAGCACCCAGCGGCCACAGCUUGGCAGAACGCAAAGUCAGCCCCAUCAAAAUCAAUCUCAAGAACCUGCGGGUCACUGAAGCCAACGGCAAGAACGAGCUUCCAGGGCUGGGCACCUGCGAGCCUGAAGAUGACGGGUCGAACAAGCUGGCAGAGCAGCCCCCGGGCAAAGUGAGCUACAAAAAGACAGCCCAGCAGCGGCACUUGCUGCGGCAGCUUUUUGUGCAGACGCAGUGGCCAAGCACCCAGGACUAUGACUCCAUCAUGGCCCAGACGGGCCUGCCGCGGCCAGAGGUGGUGCGCUGGUUCGGGGACAGCAGGUAUGCCCUGAAGAAUGGCCAGCUCAAGUGGUACGAAGACUAUAAGCGAGGCAACUUCCCACCAGGGCUGCUGGUCAUCGCCCCUGGCAACCGGGAGCUGCUGCAAGAUUAUUACAUGACCCACAAGAUGCUGUACGAGGAGGACCUGCAGAGCCUCUGCGACAAGACCCAGAUGAGCUCACAGCAGGUCAAGCAGUGGUUUGCUGAGAAAAUGGGUGAAGAGACCCGGGCCGUGGCAGACACAGGCAGCGAGGACCAGGGCCCUGGUGUUGGUGACCCUGUGGCGGUUCACAAAGGGAUGGGUGAAACCUAUUCGGAGGUGUCUGAGAACAGUGAGUCAUGGGAGCCCAGUGUCCCUGAGGCCAGCUCAGAGUGCUUUGACAUACCAAGUCCCCAGGCUGGACUUCAGCUGGAAACAGACUGAAUAUGAACCGAUUCCUGUGAAGGACUGGCCAGUCUGGGAUGCUGCCUGCCACGUGGAAGGGCCCAACAUGCCGUUCCCAUGCCUGGCCACUGGGCACGCACGAGAGCUUCCAGAGGCCUUGCAGACAGCCCAGAGCCCGCCACCAACUUCGGCCUGCCACCACCGAGCAAGCAGGGAGAGUAGAGUUCUCGUCAGUUCUUCCUCCCACAAUGUAGGACCUUUCCUUUGCCUUCCAGUGGAUAAAAUAGUUCAGAUUUCAUAUUCAUAGACACAGAAUCAAGUUUUUAACGUAUAAAUCUGCCUAUACACAUUUAAUAAAACAUCAGAUUAUAAACA